AUGGCUGACAAGCCUAUCGUCUUCACUGAGCAUGUCCAGCUUACAGCGCUGGGCAUUCAGCCCCAGUCCAUCUCCUUCCAGUCGCUGACUCUUGAGUCGGACCACUUCAUCUGCGUUCGUGAGACCGUCAACGACACGAACCAGGUCGUGAUUGUCGACCUUGCCGAUGCCAACAACAUUAUGAGGCGGCCAAUCACUGCCGACUCGGCGAUCAUGCACCCCAAGGAGAAGAUCAUGGCUCUCAAGGCCGGCCGCCAGCUCCAGGUCUUCAACCUUGCGACCAAGUCCAAGCUUGGCUCGCACGUCAUGAACGAGGACGUGACCUUCUGGGCGUGGAUUAACGACACCACUCUCGGCAUGGUCACUGAGCACACUGUCUACCACUGGAAGGUCAUGGAGGGCCAGGCUGCUCCCCAGAAGGUCUUUGACCGCCACGCUUCGCUUGCUGGCAACCAGAUUAUCAACUACCGCAUCUCGCCCGAUGGCCAGUGGCUCGUGCUUGUCGGUAUCUCGUCCAACCCCGCCGCUGGACAGCCGGGCUCGAACGCCUUCAAGAUCAAGGGCUCGAUGCAGCUCUACUCGGUUGAGCGCGGUGUCUCGCAGCCUAUCGAGGGUCACGCCGCGGCGUUCACCACCGUCAACGUCGACGGUGCUGCCAACCCCACCAAGCUCUUUGCCUUUGCCGUUCGCACUGGUACCGGCGCCAAGCUCCACAUUGUUGAGAUUGGUCACCAGGCUCCCAACACUCCCUUCGCCAAGAAGGCCGUCGACGUCUUCUUCCCUCCCGAGGCCACCAACGACUUCCCCGUCGCGAUGCAGGUGUCUGCCAAGCACGGCAUCAUCUACCUCGUCACCAAGUUUGGCUUUAUCCACCUCUACGAGGUCGAGACUGGCCAGUGCAUCUACAUGAACCGUAUCUCGGGCGAGACCAUCUUCACCACUGCCCCUUACGAGCAGCUCAACGGUAUCAUUGGUGUCAACCGCAAGGGCCAGGUCCUGUCGGUCAGCGUCGACGAGGACACCAUUGUCCCCUACAUUCAGCAGUCGCUCAACAACCCCGAGCUUGCCAUCAAGCUCGCGACUCGCGCCGGUCUCCCCGGUGCCGACAACAUGAUCAUGGAGCAGUACCAGCGCUACCUCCAGGCCGGCCAGUACGGUGAGGCCGCCAAGAUUGCCGCCAACUCGCCCCGCGGCAUCCUCCGCACCCCGCAGACCAUUGAGACGUUCAAGAAGCUCCCCAACGUCCCCGGCACCCUCUCGCCCAUUCUCCAGUACUUUGGUAUCCUCCUCGAGAAGGGCGAGCUCAACAAGUACGAGUCGCUCGAGCUCGCUCGCCCCGUUAUCCAGCAGGGCAAGAAGCAGCUCCUCGAGAAGUGGCUCAAGGAGAACAAGCUCGAGUGCUCCGAGGAGCUCGGUGACAUGGUUCGCACUGUCGACAUGAACCUCGCCCUCUCUGUCUACCUCCGCGCCAACGUUCCCAACAAGGUCGUUGCCUGCUUUGCCGAGCUCGGCCAGUUUGACAAGAUUGUCCUCUACUCGAAGAAGGUCGGCUACACCCCCGACUAUGCCAACCUCCUCCAGCACCUCGUCCGCAUCAACCCGGACAAGGGUGCCGAGUUUGCUACCCAGCUCGUCAACGACGAGUCUGGCCCCAUGGUCGACCUUGACCGUGUCGUCGACAUCUUCAUGGCUCAGAACAUGAUCCAGCAGUGCACCUCGUUCCUCCUUGACGCCCUCAAGGACAACAAGCCCGAGCAGGGUGCUCUCCAGACUCGUCUCCUCGAGAUGAACCUCGUCAACGCGCCUCAGGUCGCAGACGCCAUUCUCGGCAACGAAAUGUUCACCCACUACGACCGUCCCCGUAUCGCCAACCUCGCCGAGAAGGCCGGUCUUGUUCAGCGUGCCCUUGAGCACUACGAGGACAUUAACGACAUUAAGCGUGUCGUUGUCCACACCAACCUGUUCAACUCGGACUGGCUCGUCAACUACUUUGGCCGCCUCACCGUCGAGCAGUCGUUCGAGUCGAUGCGCGAGAUGCUCAAGAGCAACAUGCGCCAGAACCUCCCGAUCGUCAUCCAGAUCGCCACCAAGUACUCGGACCUCCUGGGCCCCGUCAAGCUCAUUGAGCUCUUUGAGCAGUUCAAGUCGUCCGAGGGUCUCUACUACUACCUCGGCUCGAUUGUCAACCUCUCCGAGGACCCCGAGGUUCACUUCAAGUACAUCCAGGCUGCCACCCGUACUGGCCAGAUCCGCGAGGUCGAGCGCAUCUGUCGCGAGAGCAACUUUUACAACCCCGAAAAGGUCAAGAACUUCCUCAAGGAGGCCAAGCUUGCGGACCAGCUCCCGCUCAUCAUCGUUUGCGACCGCUUCGACUUUGUUCACGACCUCGUGCUCUACCUCUACCAGAACGGCCUCACCAACUUUAUCGAGAUUUACGUCCAGCGCGUCAACUCGGCUCGUACCCCUCAGGUCAUUGGCGGUCUCCUCGAUGUUGACUGCGACGAGGCGACCAUCAAGAACCUCCUGCUCUCGGUUACCGGCGCUUUCCCCAUUGAGGAGCUCGUCGAGGAGGUUGAGAAGCGCAACCGCCUCAAGCUGAUCCUCCCCUGGCUCCAGCAGAAGGUUGAGCAGGGCUCGACCGACCACGCCGUCUACAAUGCCAUUGCCAAGAUUUCGAUCGACUCGAACAACAACCCCGAGGCGUUCCUCAAGGAGAACAACCUCUACGACCCCGCCAUUGUCGGCAAGUACUGCGAGAAGCGCGACCCGUACCUCGCGUACAUUGCCUACGCCAAGGGCUUCUGUGACGAGGAGCUCAUCUCGGUCACCAACGACAACCAGAUGUACAAGCACCAGGCCCGCUACCUCGUCAAGCGUCGUGACGUUGACCUCUGGACCCAGGUCCUCAACCCCGAGAGCAUCCACCGCCGUUCCCUCAUCGACCAGGUCAUUGCCACUGCCAUUCCCGAAUGCACCGACCCUGAUGACGUUUCGGUCACUGUCAAGGCCUUCAUGCACAUGGAGCUCCACGGCCCUCUCAUCGAGCUGCUCGAGAAGAUUAUCCUCGAGCCCUCGCCGUUCAGCGACAACAAGUCGCUCCAGAGCCUCAUGUUCCUCACUGCCAUCCGCAACGACAAGGGCAAGGUUAUGGGUUACAUCAACAAGCUCGAGGGCUACGACGUCGAGACUAUUGCCAAGGUCGCCAUCGAGUCUGGUCUCUACGAGGAGGCGUUCACCAUUUACCAGAAGCACGACAUGCACGCCGAGGCCAUGAACGUUCUCGUCGAGCACAUGGUCUCGAUCGACCGCGGUUUCGCUUACGCCAACAAGAUCAACGAGCCCGCCGUCUGGUCGCGUCUUGGAAAGGCCCAGCUUGACGGUCUCCGCAUCAAGGACGCCAUUGACUCGUACAUCAAGGCCGAGGACCCGUCCAACUUCCGCGAGGUUAUCGAGAUUGCCAACCGCGCCGGCAAGCACGACGACCUCGUCCGCUACCUCCAGAUGGCCCGCAAGACUGCGCGCGAGCCCGAGAUCGACACCGAGCUCGCUUACGCCUACGCCAAGACGGACCGUCUCCACGACAUGGAGGAGUUCCUCUCCAUGACCAACGUCGCCGACGUCCUCAAGGUCGGCGAGAAGUGUUUCGAGGACGAGCUCUACCAGGCCGCCAAGCUCCUCUUCUCGGCCAUCUCCAACUGGGCCCGUCUGGCCACCACCCUCAUCUACCUCGGCGAGAACCAGGCCGCCGUCGACGCCGCCCGCAAGGCCGGCAACACCCAGGUGUGGACCCAGGUGCACGCCGCCUGUGUGGACAAGAAGGAGUUCCGUCUGGCGCAGAUUGCGGGUUUGAAUCUCAUUGUUCACGCCGAGGAGCUUCCUGGUCUUCUGAACUUGUACGAGAGGAAUGGAUACUUUGACGAGGCUAUCUCUCUCCUCGAGGGUGGUCUUGGUCUCGAGCGUGCACACAUGGGCAUCUUCACUGAACUCGCCAUCCUGUACACCAAGUACCGCCCGGAGAAGCUCCUGGAGCACUUGAAGUUGUUCUGGGCAAGAAUCAACCUCCCGAAGAUUAUUCGCGCGACGGAGGCCGCCGCGCUUUGGCCCGAGCUUGUCUUCCUCUACAUCGUGUUCGAUGAGCCUGACAAUGCCAGCUUGAGCAUGAUGGAGCGCAUCGGUGACUGGCAGCACGACGAGUUCAAGCGCAUCUGCGCCAAGGUCUCGAACAUGGAGAUUGCCUACAAGGCUGUUUCCUUCUACCUCGCUCGCCAGCCUCUCCUUCUUCCCGACCUGCUCGCCACUCUUGCUCCUCGUCUGGACCACGGUCGUGUCAUUAAGAUCCUCGAGAACGAGGACAACCUCCCGCUGGCCAAGACCUACCUUAUCGGCACGCAGAAGCUCAACCUCAAGGUUGUCAACGAGGCCUACAACGCCCUGCUGAUCGAAGAGGAGGACCACGUUACCCUUCGCGCUAGCCUGCAGGAGUAUGACGCGUACGACGCCAUUGAGCUUGCUCGCCGUCUCGAGAAGCACGAUCUUUUGGAGUUCCGUCGUAUCGCUGCCCUCCUGUACCGCCUCAACUCGAAGUGGGAGGAGUCCCUGGACCUGAGCAAGUCUGACAGGCUUUGGUCUGACGCCCUGCAAACCGCCGCUGCCUCCCAGUCGAUUGAGGUCGCCGAGGGCCUCGCCAGCUACUUCGUCCAGAUUGGCAACAAGGAUGCCUUCGCGGCUUCCCUCUUUGUCUGUUACGACUUGAUCCGCCCCGACUUUGUUGAGGAGCUUUCGUGGAAGUACGGCCUCGGCGACUUUGUCAUGCCCUACACCCUCACCGCCAAGCGCCUCCAGGCCGAGAAGGUGUCUUCGCUCGAGAAGCAGCUCAAGGAGCUGCAGGCCAAGCAGAAGGCGUCCGAGCCCGAGGAGGACACCAACACAGGCCUGGUCGGCCUCGGCGGUCGCCUCAUGAUCGGCGGUCCCGCAAACGGCUCCAUGAUGAUGGGACAACCUACUGGCAUGAUGAGCCAGCCCACUGGUUUCUACUAA